ACAAAAUAGUCAAAAAAGUUGAGAUUCCAAUUGCUACUUUCUUUCAUCAUCAUCACCUAAUUGCAACUAAACCUUUUUUUUUGAUUGUUGAUUUAUUGUCCAAUUGUAUUCAAAAGCCUAAUCUUGUUUUUUUGUGACUUCUAUUCAAUUAUACUUGUUACACCUCACCCAUUUCUAUCAUCAUCAUCAUCAUCAUCUUAAUACAAUGAUGAUUAUAUAAUUAAAACGACAGAAAGUGAUCAGGAAACAAUUAUUAAUAACUUAACAUGAGUAUCGUCAAUGUUUUACCAGUUACCGUUAUUGUGGACAUUUAAUUCAAGUGAAUUUGUUGAUUUUUUCAUCAUUGAUAUAAUGUUUUUUUCCUUGCUCAUUGUUAUACUUUUUGUAGUCACAUUAAUUUGCUUAUGUGUUGCUGUGAGUUUCAAGAAAAAUUAAUCAACUAUCAACAUGAUGAUGAAAAAAUUGUUCAUUUUAUCCUGAAAUCAAUAGUUUUAUUAUUAGCUAAUCAACCAAAUCUACUGCUAUUAUCUUGUUAACCGUUAGCUAAAUUACACCUUAUCAUUAUUCAUUACUCUGUGCUACUUUAUUAACAAUCAAUUUCACUAAUCUGCCAACUGAUUUUCAUUCAGUUACUUUUGUUAUUUUUCAUGAUAACUUGAACUUUUUUUUUCUUGUUCCCCAUUUAAAUGUAAACAUAUUAGUCCUUCAAUCAACAUCACCAUCACCACAACAACAACAUCAACAGCAACAACAAUCAAAUCAAUUUCUCUCAAUAGUGAAAGUGUUUUUUUUAAGUGAACAAAAUUUGUGUGAUUAUUUUCUCAUUGUUGAUCAACAAUUUAUUCAAAUUUAAUUGUUCUCACAAUCAGAUCACUUGAUAAGUUUUUGUUUAAUGUUCAGAAAAUAUCAACAAGUGAAAAAAACAACGAAACAAAAAUUUCGUAAGGUGUUGAAACCUGUUGCUUAUAAACUCGGCAUUGGAACAUCUAAUGGACAAGUAAUGUCACCAGUCCAAUUGAAACACGCAUCCCAAAUAUCGUACACUAGUGUCCAAACAGCAUCGGUACAAUCGCCCCAACCUCAAACUCAACCUUCACCGUCUUCAUUACCAACCUCACAAGUACCAAUUUCUGUGUUAACCAACACCAACACCAACACCAACAACAACAACAACAAUAAUAAUAUUAUUAUUCACCAGCAAACAUCCCAACAACAACAACAACAACAUCAUCAUCAUAAACAAUUAUCAAUUAUCAAUACAUCUCAACCACUUAAUCCUCAUCAUCAUUUAACUCUCAGUAGUCAUCAUCAUAAUCAUUCAAAUAACCAUUCACAUCAUCAUUCACAUCAUUUGCAUAAUGAUUAUGUUCAUACACCACGAAAUGAUGGUUCCGUUUAUUCAAGUCCAUUUUCAUCCAUUGACUCUGAAACCGAUUCAGGAAAAUUAAUCGUAAAUGGUUUAAACAGAGUGGAAACAUUAACAACUAAGUCAAAUUUGAGCCAAAGUCAAGCAAGUCUUUCCCAUUGCUCAGGUCUUCCCGGAGAUGAUGAUCAUUGGUACCUUGAUCCACCUCCGCCGCCUUCAAGUGUCCUCAAAAUGCCACCUUUAAAUUGGGAUUUAACAAGUUUAACGGCUGCUCGUCGACGGCCAUUAAUGUACAAUUCAAGCGAUUACUUAAGUCAAACUCCAUCUCCAAAUGAUUCAGUUAUUGUUGAACUUGAAGCUUUGCUCAGGGAGAAAGAUUCAGAAAUCAGUUACCUAAGAGAAACCUUGGAAAGAAAUGAACAGGUUAUUUUCAAAGUUUAUGAGGAAAAAGGCCAGAGUUGGGAACGAGAAUUCAAAAAAUUAAAGUCACAAUAUGAGUUGAAUUUGAAAAAUUAUCAACAAAGAGCAAUUCGAGCAGAACAAAUGAUUUCUCUUCAAAAUAAACAGAAUCAAGUUGACCGUGAGAUGAUUGAACAGAAUUACGAAUCAACUCGGAAGAAGGUUGAAUCGCUGGAGAGUGAAAAUGCUGGACUUAAAAAUGAACUGACCAACGUAAAGAAAAUGGUUGAUGAGCUUAAAUGGACUCUAUGUGAACGAAAUGGAGAGAUUGGUUUACUUAAAACAUCAAUCAGAGAUUCUAAAGUUGAUCUUAGUUAUCGAUCAACUGAAUUAGUUUCCUUGCGAGAUAAAUUAGCUGAAACCAAUGAAUCAAUGGAAGAAUCUAAAUACAAGGUUAACAAUUUGGAGAAAGAGUUGGCCGCUUGUCAGGAUCAUUGUAAUUUACAGAUUCAAUCGAUGGGUGAACGAUUAGCUGAUCUGGUUAAACAAUUAGAUGAAAAAAAUCGUUGCUAUGAUACUUUAAUCAAUGAGAAACGUGAAUUACAAAGUCAAGUAAUUAACCUGAAAUCGCAAUUAACUCUUGAACAGAAUAAGUUUACCAAGGAAAAGGAAACCUGGGCCGAUGAGAAGGAGAAAGUACUUCGAUAUCAGCGACAAUUACAAUCUAAUUACAAGAAAAUGUUGAACGCGAAUAAAAUUUUUCACGAUUUGGCCAACAUAAUUAGGACCAAGGAAUUAACUAAACCCGAGGAAUCUUCUUGUUGACUUUGAUCAAAGGAAAACAAUUAACUAAUUAUCUUAAAUUUAUAUUAUAACUUUUUUUGUGAUUUCUCGUCUUCUCAAUUGAUACAUUAAUUAAUAACAACUCUGUUUGAUUACUUUCUCAAAAGAAAACAAAUGAUCUUUAUUGUAAAAAACAAACUUUGAUUAAAAACAAACAACGAUUAACUAA